CUCUCGGCCCUCUCUCCCGGACAUCGAUGCACGCCCGAUCCUCGUAAUUAACAUAAAUGGAAAAUAAUUAAUACGGUUCUAAUUUUGUGUUCUGUGCCCCGAACUGGAUUUGGACGUGUUUGUGCUACGACGUCGUACAAUUUGCUAGACCGGGUGACUGUUGUAUGGUAAUCUAAUAACUGCCGCUUCCCUGUGUGAAUGGACUCUUAUUGAAAAUUGAAGCUAUUUGUAUGCGAGUUAAAGACUCAUUUUCGUCCAACUUGGCCUAACUACGCAAGCACAUGACUCCGUAUAACAAAAGUUUAUAACAUCAAGCCACUGCCUACACUUAGGUCCCAGGUGGCGUAUACAUGAGAUGUUAUGGGCUCACGCGGCAUAGAAAAGUGGCGUUGGUUGGUGGUAGUUUUAGCAUGGGUAUGUGGAGCAACUGCGAGAACGUUAUGUCCACCGAGAUGCGCUUGCGACGAUGCCUUACGAGCUGCCUCCUGCGCCAACGCAGGACUAGAAAUCGUCCCCAUUCAACUCAAUCCAGAAGCGACUCACAUCAACCUUACCCACAAUACAAUCGCAGAUCUUCUGUAUACUUUCGCUUUCUACACGCAGCUAACCAUACUGGACAUAUCUUACAACAGAGUACAGGAUUUAGGUAGUAAAAAUUUCGAUAACAACAUGGAGAUGACGAACCUUAAUGUAAGUCACAAUGCGCUCAAGCGACUAGACAAGGAUACUUUCGUCGGCCUGAAGAGAUUAAUUGACUUAGAUUUAUCAAAUAACGAUAUAACAAAUAUACACCCACAAACAUUUAAAGAUCUCUCAGUUUUAGAAAGGCUUGACUUAUCAAAUAAUAGAUUGGUGAGUUUCGAGGCCGAAACAUUCGAGCCCCUAUCGUCGCUUAAAAUAUUGUCACUGAAAAACAACUCCAUUUUAGAAAUACCAUCGACUAAUCUCUUCUUUGUUGUUCGUUUGGAGUACUUGGACCUAUCUGAAAAUUUAAUUCAACGGAUAGACAAGCAUGGAAUACCGUAUUUAAAAGAGUUGAAGCAUUUAGACUUCAACAACAAUAUAAUUGAAGGCGUCGAUCAGUUGGGUCUGCACAACUUACCUUCACUCCGCCAUUUGGAUCUAAGCGAUAACAAUUUAACAACAAUCCCUACAUCUGCUCUUUCAAAAUUAUCGAACUUAUCGCAUUUGUACCUUAGCGGCAAUUUCUUUCAUAACAUUUCGUCACUAUCUUUUCAAAGCCUAUUUCACUUAAAACAUUUACAUUUGAGUAGGGUGUAUGACUUAGAGAAGAUUGAUUCUAGGGCUUUUGUAGAUAAUAUAAAUUUACAGAAAAUAUGGAUGAAUGAAAACUUGAAAGUAAGAGAAGUGCCAUCAAGAUUAUUUCACGGUAAUCCGAAGUUGACGCACAUUUAUAUAAGAAAUAAUGCACUUGAAACUCUAGAAGCAUCACAUUUUCCAAUAGAUACCCUUCAAGAACUUGAAAUUUCUGGCAAUCCAUUUGCGUGCAAUUGUUCUUUAUUAUGGCUCUGGAAACUUGGAAGGAAUAGUGAAAUACGAGGUAAAAGUUCUGAUAAUACAAGUACAAUACUUAAAAUAGAUUAUGAAGAUGUGAAAUGUUCUGCGCCAGGACAUUUGAAAGGUAUUUUAUUUGUACAAAUCCCUGAAUCUGAAUUUGGUUGCUCAAACGGAUGGGUGGUAGUUGCGGUUGUGGUGCUAACUGUAAGUAUAAUUAUAAGUGUGGUGGGAGGUGUUUUGUAUUUCAUGGGCCCAUUAAAAAGAUGUAAAGGAGAUAAAUCAAAGCAAGUCAUGACCAGUGUCAUGUUAAAUGGAGACGUGUCCAAAAUGGGAAAUGGCUUAGGAUAUUCAACACGUAGCAGGGAGCAAGAGACGAAGAGGGACGUUGACCGAUAUCUAAUGAUCGGUUCUACAGUUACAAAUAACUUUCACUCAUUAAAUCCACCUUGGAAUAGUGUUGACAAAAGUCCAUAUUAUCAAGAAGAUAGCGAAGAGCAUAUUUAUCAACAGUUUGCCUAUGAAACAAUACCUCACCAUAGAACCCCUGAGAAACCACACAUAGUGUAUGUUUAACAAAAGUUUUCCAUUACGGACAAUUUAAAAAACGUAAUCUCAUGUAUUCGUCGCAUUAUUGAGGACAUUUAAAUGAUCGUGAUCGACGAACUCAAUGAUUUUUGCAAUAAUGUAAAUAGUGAUGUUUAAAAUUGUAAUAUGUGAUAGCUUUGUAUAUAGAUAUGUAAAUAUA